AUGGUUACCAAGGCAGUUCGAAAUCUACUUGGAAUUAGAGGAACACCUGAAACCAUAUCUGUGAAUACAGUUAUCGCUGAAGGCAUGAACCAGGAUGUCGUCAUCUCUCGAUGCUUGCUGACUCCAGUUGGAAGGGCGGAGCCUCAGAUACUGGUGGAAAGGGCACACUUUGUGGAGAGUCUUAACAUCAGUCAACGUUAUAAGCCUGACUCACUCAACCUGUCUGACUGGGAUCAUCUACGGGACUUAGAUUUAGCAGCUGAAGUUGAGGAACAAUCGGUGUCAGUAUUGAUCGAAGAGUCUACUAGCGGGGACAAUACUUUGACUGAUGAGAAGUAUCAGUCCUUGGAGAAUGCAGUUAAACGUCUUUGGGAGGAAGAGAAGUAUGGUUUCACCUGCAAUGGUGAGAAAGCAAUAUCGGUGGAGGACAAAAGGGGGCUCAAGAUAUUAGAAGACACAACUAAGAUAGUUGAUGGGCACUACCAGACAGGAUUGUUAUGGCGUAAGGAGGAUCCUGUAUUGCCGAACAACAGAGCUGCUGCCGAGAAAAGGCUGAAGUCACUCCAGAGAAAGUUUAGACAGAAGCCAGAGUUUGCUGACAAGUAUCGCCAAGCCAUGGAUGACAAUAUCAGCAAAGGGUAUGCAGUCAUGCUGACAGAAGAAGAAGCUGCCACCAGUAAACAGAAGACAUGGUAUUUGCCACACCAUGGUGUGGAAAGCCAAAAUAAACCUGGUAGAGUCAGGGUGCUGUUUGACGCGGCGUCGUCGUUUGGAGGGACUUCGUUGAACCAGGAAUUAUUGCAAGGGCCAGAUAUUAAUAAUAGUCUUGUUGGUGUCUUGGCUAGAUUCCGGGAGAACCCCAUUGCCAUAGUCGCGGACAUCGAAGCGAUGUUUAUGCAAUUCAAGGUGCCUGCAGACGACGCUGAUGCCUUACGAUUCCUGUGGUCACCAGAUUUCGAAGCUCAACCAAAGACAUAUCGCAUGACACGCCAUAUCUUUGGGGCGACGGAUAGCCCCAGCAUAUGUACGUAUGGACUAAAAAGAUGUGCAUUGGAUAAUGAAGCUGAUUUCGAUCCAAUGGUUGAAGCCACAGUGCUCCGUAGUUUCUACAUGGAUGAGUUGUAUAAGUCUACAGCAGCGUCAAUAGCAAUAAGGCUAGCACUCCAGCUAAUCGAAAUGUUAGAUAAGGCUCUUCUGACAUUGACAGUUUGUUUCAAACUCGUGGGAAGUUUUGAAGGCGAUACCUGA